AUGCCAACUAGCCGCCCAAACGGCCGACCGCUCAACUGCCUAUCUAUUCAUCCUCCCUCAAGCCUGACAUACAAACCCUCAUAUGCACAUUCCUAUCUGCUAUACGCUUGUUUUACAUCUUUUUUUUCUACACUUCAUCUUCAUCUCUGCCCCGCUCUUUCUAUCCCUACACUCGUCCAACCGGGCUCCUUACAGCUUACCUCGUCUCAUUUAUCCUCCAGCCGUCCGUCAUUCAAUCUUUUCCGUGGGCUUCGCUCCUCGUUUUGUCUGAUCCGCUAUUUUUCCGUUUGCCUUGAAGACUUGUUUGCAGCCGAUCACGGCCUCGAAGGCAAAACAGAAUCGCUCUCCUUUCCAUCACCUACUUACUCCCUGCACUUGCCCACAUCGCCUCAUCUCACCUCACCUCACCUCACCUCAUCUCAUCUCAUCUCUUUUCCACUCCCUCCUUGUUUCGGCCACCCUGAGGGUAUUGCUUGCUCGCUCUGCCUCCACACCUCGCUGCUCUAUCGUGCCACUUUGGGCCCACUUGUUCAGGAUCGGCUGAAUCGGCGGAAUCAGCUGAAUCGUCUUGUCUGA